AUGUUCAAAUGUAAAAAGUGUCGAAAAGAUUUAAUCAAAUUGGAAGAUGUUGUCAACAGUCAUGGAGAAUCAGCUGAUGAUGAUUCAGUUUCAUGUAGUCCCGAGAAUUGGUAUCUAAAUGAAGAGAGUAUCAAUUCAAUUACUUGGAUUAAGGAUCAAAUUGAUUGUUCGUUAUGGACCAAAGGUAAAUUAAGUUGUCCUCACAAAUGUGGAGCUCGAUUGGGAUCAUUUAAUUUCAUUGAAGGUCUUCGGUGUAAUUGCUCAAAAUCAAUUGUUCCAUCAGCUCAUAUAAUUAAGAAACGUGUCGAUUGUCCAUCACAAUUGAUCGUUGAGAUACUAAAAUGA